UGGAUUAUGUGAAGAACAUACAAAUCGAUCACAUGCUUGCCGAAGAAUCGUAUCGGAAAAUCUGCUCACAAAGGUCCGCUUGCUGUAAAGUCCAGUAAAACUUUAGCAGACAAGCGCUUUGUCUGCUGAAUCACUCUGAUGACGAUGACAACCUCAUUUUGUGAUAAUUUUUGUCAAUAACGAGAACUGAUGCAUUCCAUUGGUAAAAUUCUUUCAUCCCAUAACUGUGACAAAGAACGUUGGAAUGCGAAUGGAAUCUGUCUUUGUUUUGAUAUCUUGAUGGGGAAUGAUUCUUUUUUUUCUCGUGCUCUCGAUACAGGAGAAUGAUAAAGGUAGGUUAUUUACAAACAAUCAUUCUACGUAGUACGGAUAUCUUUUUAAAAGACUAUCGGGGCUCAAUCAGCUGACUGUCCGAUAGCAGAAAGAUUUACGGUACGACCAAUCUGAUCUGAUUUGCCAAUUAUUCGCAAGCUAUAAAACAGUACCAUCGGGGCGCGUAAUCCUUGAGUUGUAAAAUUUAAUCCACAGAUAUUACACGAUUUUUUUUUCUGCGAAGUAAAAUAAUGUUCACGCUUUUAAUUAUACUGGUUGUGGUUAGUACUUCUUGCAAUGGAGCACCCUCAUUGAGGAUUUUUGAAAACUCACCAGAGAAUGUUGCACGCCUACAGAACCUUCAGCCGGGAGAUCUGGCCGAGGAGUUGAGCGGUCAAUUCGAGGGUGAUAUGAUCCUAACCGAUGAGCAAUACCUGGAGCUGUUUCGGCGGAAUGGUAUGAUAGCGAAUAAAUAUCGCUGGCCAGAGAACACGGUUUACUAUGAAAUCGAGGAGGAAUAUUUCACCGAGGGUCAGAUCAACUAUAUCCUCACCGCCAUGCGGACCAUCGAGAGAGCGUCAUGUGUGAGAUUCAGACCGCGUGAUCCAAAUAAUCCGGACUACAUCCGAGUGCAUGGCGAUGGAUCGGGUUGUUCCGCAACGGUGGGACAUAUUGGGGGGAGUCAGAGCAUCAAGUUGCAACCCUAUGAGCUGGAUCAGGGAUGCUUUAGGAUGGGCAGUAUUAUCCAUGAAUUCAUUCACGCUCUCGGAUUCCGGCAUAUGCAAAGUACGUACAAUCGAGACGAAUACGUACAGAUCGAGUGGGAAAAUAUUCAACCCGGUACCGAGCACAACUUCCUGCUGUACGAGGCGGACAAGGUAAGCAACUUUGGGACGGAAUAUGACUACGGAAGCAUUAUGCAUUACAGUUCCACGGCGUUUAGUAUCAACAAACAGAAAACAAUUGUACCGCUAAAGCCAACAAAAGAAACCAUGGGCCAAAGAGUCGCUAUGAGCGAAAAGGACAUCUUCAAAAUCAACAGGAUGUACAAUUGUUUCCUGAAGGGAGCUACGACUUAAAAAUAAAUGUGAUAAAUAUUGUUAUACAACCAAUGUCGAAGAAAGUGUUUGACGAAGGAUCAUA